AUGUCAAAGCCUCAGGAUAUUACCUUCACGGAACCCUCAACCCCCGUCGAAGCCAAUCACAGUGCGCGGCGGAUAUUAAAAGACCGCGACAACAUCCUUCAUGCCUCCCAAUACGCUGACUCCACAGCCCCGGAAGGUGGUUAUGGUUGGGCAGUCGUCUUUGCCUGCUUUUCCAUAUCUUUCUGGAUUGUAGGCACUGUCUACAGCUGGGGUGUCAUGCAAGCUGCUCUGUUCAAGCAGGGUCUUUCUUCUCCCCCAACCCUCUCCUGGAUUGGGUCUUUGGACUUCGCAUGCAUAGCCUUUCUUGCUCUUGUCAAUGCGCGAGUGAUACGAUUGCUUGGAGCGAGGGGUACUGCGCUCCUAGGGAUCUCCAUGUUGGCAUUGGGGGAGAUACUGAGUGGGUUUCUGACACACAAUGUGGGCGGAUUGUUCGUCACCGCUGGCGUGGUGUCCGGGAUUGGGACAAGCCUCUGCUUCAUGGUCAUCAACGUAACCCCGGCACAGUACUUCCACAAGAAGCGCGGCCUCGCCAACGGUAUUGUCUGCGCCGGCGGCGGCCUUGGAGGUCUACCGGCAGCUUGGCUCAUCAAAGAGCGAUGCCCAAUACGAUCGGCAACCUUCAUCGAAUGGAAACUCUUCCGUGACUUCAAAUUCGUCACCAUCUUCCUAGUCGGCGUCGUUGCCACCUUCCCCCUCCUCGUUCCACCCUUCUUCAUCCCCCUCUACAGCGCCUCCCUCGGCCUCUCAUCCAGCACCGGUGCCGCUCUGGUAGCAGGCUUCAACAUCUCCUCCGGGGUCGGCCGCCUCAGUUCUGGUCUCGCUGCCGACGCCUUAGGACCUCUGAACACGCUUUUCAUAGGCCUGUUCCUAACAACCGUCAGCAUGUUCGUGAUCUGGCCCGUCUCGGAUUCGCUAGGGCCUCUGGUCGUCUUCGUGAUCAUCAACGGUGCUGCCAACGGAGCAUUCUUCGCUACGAUGCCGACGGUCGUCGGGACGGUGUUUGGCUCGCAGAGGGUCUCGGUUGCUAUGGGCAUGGUUGUGACGGGUUGGGCUGGCGGUUACUUGAUGGUACGAGCCUACUUACCUCCCAUGAGUGAAGAACGGCCUGAGAGUGAUAGAGCAAUGCUGAUUGACUCGCUGCAGGGCGCCCCGAUCGCUGGGUAUCUGCUCGAAGCCCACGGCGGAGAAAAGAGCACGCUGGCGGCAUACCAUCCAGCUAUGUUCUGGGCCGGAUCUCUCGCUGUGCUAGCGAUGGCAUUGGUGGCGAUGGUGAGACUGUAUGUCAACAAGGAUAUCAUGAGGAGGGUUUGA